AUGGCUCCACUAGAAGCUCCUGUCCCUGGCAGCUUGCGGCCGUUUGAUCCAACAGCAUACACCGGCAAGGCUCAAGCCGCCACACCGCCUUCAGACCCAGCGGUCGGUGUGAAGGUGGAUGACAAAGCCAAUUUGGAGAAUCUCGGGACUGGUACACCCAUUCAUGAGGAUCGAAUCAGCCUGAAAGGCUUUGGUUCGGCUGUCCCUACUGAUCCCGCAGGGAUUGCCCCAUCGACGAAGAGCACCACCACAGUGGACAAGGCCGCCACGGAAAAUGCUGGCACGGAGCGACUUGUCAGCCUGCGAGUGAUCGAGAAGAUCUUCAACGCGGAGGUGGACGACAAGAACUAUACCUUCGCCCAGGUCGGUGGUUGGACAUGCAAGAUACCACCCCGGCAGUACAGAGAGGGCGAGCUCGUCCUCUACUUCCAGAUCGACUCUUUCCUCCCGGGCGUCGAUGACCGGUUCGGCACGGGCUCUGGCAGAGCCAGAAAGCUCCAGAUGCUGGACGGGAAGCUCGGGCAGAGGCUCAAGACGGAGAAGUUUGGGAGUGGUGAAGACAAGGUGUUGUCGCAGGGCAUGAUCAUGCCGGUGCAGACGUUCCCGGAGAUCUGGAAGACGCUCGAGGUGGUGCGGCAAUUCAUCUCGAAGGAUGCCAUGGAGAGGAACGUUGGCUUGAUCAACGCGACCUUGUUGAUCAUGUACCGCGACCGGAACUGGGCGGAGGUGCUGGGGGUCAAGAAGUGGGAGGACCAGCUGGCCCAGCCGGACAAACCUGAACACCGGCGCCUGGGCAACUACCCCGGAGAAGUAUUCAGGAGGACCGACGUGACGCGAGUGCAAGACUGCCUAAACCUUUUCCAGAAACACAAGUACAACAGCCUGGUCUACCAGGAGAGCGUCAAGAUGGAUGGCUCCGCAAUGGUUGUCUACUUCGUCAAGAAGUCGUGCAGACACUUCAACUCUCUCAACCCGUUGCCAGAGAAGGUGGGCCCAAACACGGUGCUGGAGGGUGCCCGGUUCGGCGUCUGUAGCAACAAGGUCGACAAGAACGAGCUGGAAGAAGAUGGGCCAAAUGCUCCCAGGUACUGGCAGACUGCCCUCCGGCACGACCUGCCGGCCAAGCUGUCGAAGCUCGGCGCCAACAUUGCGAUCCAGGGGGAGCUCUGCGGCGACGCGAUCCAGGGCAACCGCGAGGGCCUCCCGGAGGGGGAGCAGGAAUUCUUUGUCUACGCCAUGUUUGACAUCGACAAGCAGCAGUUUAUCCACCCCAGAAGGGUGGAGCUCAUGGCGAAGGAGUUGGGACUCAAGCAUGUGCCGGUGGUGGGCUACGUCAAGCUCACCGAAAUCGCGAGCAACCACCAGGACUUCCAGAAGCGAGCAGCGCAGAGGAAGGGCGAGGGCCUGGUGUUCAAGUGCGUUCGCGACGGGCGACGGUUCAAGGUCAUCUCCAACACUUACCUGCUGGAGCACGGUCUCUGA